AUGGCUCGAGUUCGCACGACUUUCAUGUACCUUCAGAAUACCGCAGUUUCCUCAACCCUGCUCUGCUGCCUCAUCGUCAAGGUUGGAAUAUUCCUUGCGGAAAUCACCGAGAAGCGUCGAUAUCUACGACCAGCCUGGAAAGGCAUUGGACCAGAGGAGACAGCGGGAAUUGCCAACCGGGCAUUGUUCAUAUGGCUUAACAAAACAUUUCUUAAGGGCUUUCGCACUCUGCUUACGGUUGAUAUGCUAUCGACACUCGAUUUUGAAAUGCUGGAAGCUUCCAAACCGACGUCUUUAAUAGAAUCAUGGUCAAGAGCGAACCAACUUAAGGAACACUCUCUUUUCUUCACCUUCCUCUGGCACUACAAAUGGGCUUUUCUUGCGGGUACUCUGCCAAGAUUAGCUUAUACUGGAUUCAGUUACUCACAACCGUUCCUCGUUGAAAGAGUGCUGGACUAUGUGGACGAAGAGAGAACACCCGACAGCAAAAACACCGCUUACGGACUUCUCGGAGCUUAUGCAAUUGUGUAUCUGGGGUUAUCUCUCUCGUAUGCAGUCUACCAGCACAAGACCUACCGUCUGCUCACGCUGUAUCGUGGCAGUCUUGUUACCAUGAUCUUCAGCAAAACGCUCAAGAUUUCUGCGGGAUCCACGUCCGAGGCUGAAGCAAUUACUUUAAUGAGCGCCGACAUUGAUCGUAUUGGCUCCAGCAUGUCUCUCAUUCAUGAACUCUACGCGAGCGUCAUUGAGCUUGCAAUUGCCUUGUGGCUUCUCGACAGGCUCUUGGGUAUUGCCAUACUCGCGCCAAUUGGUUGGGUAAUUUUCUGUCUCAUCGCUGCUGUUCCUCUUGCGCGAGCAGCUGGAAACGCCCAGAUCCCUUGGCUGGAGGCGAUCGAGACGAGACUCACAGCGACCGCCAAGGCACUUGGUAGCAUGAAAGCAAUCAAGAUGACGGGAUUGGCAAACAUUGUUUCUUUGAGGAUUGCAAAUCUUCGUCUAGACGAGAUUAGAGCCUCUCGACGUCAUCGAAUACUGAAUAUUUUUGUCUUCAUUUCUUACUUUGCUUCAACGGCGUUGGCGCCGGUCUGGGCUUUUAUGGCAUUCAUUCUCAUUGCCAAAACCCGUGGCUCUGAAACACUGACUGAUAGUGUCGCAUUCGCUGUCCUCAGUAUCUUUGAGCUUCUCAAUCAGCCAAUCAUCUAUAUUGUAGAUGGGGUAGAACAUAUUCAAACCGUCAUUAACUCCUUUCGUCGCAUACAGGAGUACCUCAAUUCACCGGAUCGGGAAGAUCAAAGAAUGUUGCCUGCUCCAAUGGAUUCCUCCAGCUCUAGCUUCUCAGAGAAGGACUCAACUCCUCGCACAGAGCAAGGAGAUGAAAAAAUGCAAUUUGCACAGCCAGAAGACCCCGAAUUUGCAGUUUCAAUGAGUGAGGUGUCUGUUGGAUACAACCUCGAGGAGAAAAUUAUUCUUCACGACAUUUCCUUCAAAGUUCGUUAUGGUCAGACAACGGUUAUUGCAGGACCUGUUGGUUGUGGUAAAUCAACUUUGUUGCGAGCCAUACUUGGUGAAGCUCCGUUCAAGGGAUCAAUUACAACUGGAUUCAGAACGGCUGCGUAUUGCCCGCAGACCCCGUGGACGACUUGGGGCACUGUCCGAAACAACAUUGUCGGAGUCUCACCCUGGGACAGAACUUGGUACGACACAGUUGUAGAAGCAUGUGCGCUGAAUCCAGAUUUUAAAGAAUUAACUGACGGUGAUCAAACAAUGACUGGUACUCGCGGGUCACAGCUAAGCGGGGGACAACAGAUGAGAGUGUCUUUUGCAAGGGCACUGUAUUCCAAGAAUCCGGUCAUGAUACUUGAUGAUGUCUUGACGGGCCUUGAUCGUACUACUGAACGGCAUAUUUUGGACAAAGUGUUCUCAGAGGAUGGUUUACUCAAGCAGUUGAAGUCGACUGUCAUAAUGACUUCCAACUCUGCACAUCAUCUAGAGCUCGGCGACCAGAUUAUAGUUCUGGAUGAAAAUGGCAAAAUAGCUAGUCAGGGCACCGUGGAGAAUGUCAUUGCCCCUGUCAUCUCGCUUCAAACAGAGCAAAGCGAGAAAAAUUCUCAGUCUGCACCCAAGGAAGAAGAAGAAGAUGCCGAGAUAUGGCAAGAGAUUGACAUGCUCAUCAACCCUGCAACAGAGGAGAAUCGACACGCAGGCGACAUGAGGAUUUAUGCGUACUACGCUAACAUUGCGGGCUGGUGGACUACGGGAGCAUAUCUAUUUGCCUGUUGUACAUUUGUCUUCGGUGUGACCUUUCCAUCCGUCUGGAUACAAUGGUGGACGAACGCAAAUGCAGAGCACCCUAAUGAGCGCAUCGGAUAUUGGCUUGGAAUAUAUGGAGCGCUUGCGGCUUUGACUAUUUUAGGGUGUGCUCUGGCAGACAGUAUAUUCAACCUGGUGGUGUUGCCAAAGACGUCGAGGAAGUUCCAUGAGUUGCUGCUCAACACCACGAUACGAGCACCCAUAUCGUUCUUAACAUCAACUGAUGCGGGUACAACACUGAACCGGUUUAGUCAAGACUUGGAGCUCAUUGACAAUGACCUCCCUCAAGCAAUGGACCAAACAGUAUUCCAAUUUCUGUCUGCCAUUGUAUCAGCUGUCCUCGUCUUCAUUGGGUCCAGUUAUAUUGGCGCUGCCAUCCCUUUGUGCAUCGUAGCCCUUGGAUUUGUCCAGUUUUACUACCUUCGAACCUCCCGACAACUGCGACUUCUCGAUAUUGAAGCGAAAGCCCCGCUGUUUUCUCAAUUCCUAGAAACUGUCAAUGGCGUCUCGUGUAUCAGAGCAUACGGUUGGGCAGAUGCAUAUCUAGAGAGGAGUUAUGUCGCUUUGAAUGUCUCCCAGAAGCCGUACUACCUGCUGUGGUGCAUCCAAAGAUGGCUAACGUUAGUAUUGGAUCUUUUCAACGCUGGCCUGGCUCUUCUUCUGGUCGGCAUUGCGACCAAUAUCCAUGGCAGCUCGACCAGUUUCCUCGGCGUCGCGCUGUUCAACAUCGUGACAUUCAGCAGCACUCUUCAAACACUUGUCACAUCUUGGACCCAGGUAGAGACAGCACUCGGUGCCAUUAAUCGUAUUCGUUCAUUUGUUUUGAACGUCAAGAAUGAGAACCUCCCAGAGGAGAAUGGCGAGCUACCCGAGACCUGGCCAUCAACUGGAACGGUUACAUUUGACAAAGUCUCGGCAUCUUACAAGUCUACGUCUGAGCCAGUUCUUAAAGAAAUCAGCUUUGAGAUUCAAUCGGGCCAAAAGGUUGCCAUUUGUGGGCGAACAGGAAGUGGUAAAUCAUCGCUCAUUGCGACGCUUUUGAGAUUGCUGGAAAUUGACUCUGGCAAGAUCUGUGUCGAUGGCAUAGACAUUAGCACCAUUCCGCGGCAGGAAGUGCGCCGCAGAUUAAACACGGUGCCGCAGGAUUCAUUCUUCCUUGUAGGCACGUUGCGAGAAGAUCUAGAUCCUUUCCAGUCAACCAACGACGAGCGCUUAGUCGAAGUCCUUCGCGCCGUUGGACUGUGGGAUGUCUUCGAACCAAACGGCGGGUUGGAGAGCGGUAUCGAAGAAGAAAUGCUAUCACACGGCCAAAGACAGCUGUAUUGUCUUGCCAGGGCCGUUGUCAGAGAAAGUCCCAUUCUUGUUCUGGAUGAGGCAACAAGCAAUGUUGAUGCUGACACGGAUGCCGCAAUGCAGGCGCUGUUGCGAAGCGAGUUCAAAGAUCAAACCAUUAUAUCUGUGGUCCAUAAACUACAGAGCGUGCUUGACUUUGACCGAGUUAUCCUGUUGGAGAAUGGACGCUUGGUGGAGAGUGGUAAACCCAGCGAGUUGCUCUCGACGCCUGGUUCGGCCUUUUUGGCUCUGUACGAAAGCUUAGGUCCUAGUCGGGGCGAGUGA